AUGUGCACGAUGUGCUGGCUGUCAGAGUUGUAGUCCUCCGCCUUGUUUCCGAGACCGUCGACCAGCUGCGUGUUGGCCCCUCCCCUCAGUAGAACGGCCACUGUUUCAGCACUCUCGCUCUCGCAGGCCAGCAUCAAGGCAGUCCUGAUUGAAGACACAAACGGAUCACAAUUCAACAUGCGUAUUAUUUGGAGUAACUAAAUGAUGUAUGGGGGGGGGGGGUAUUAUGACCCACUUUUUCGUGGCGACUUUUACUCAGGUGUGACUUGUAUAUGAAAAUUAGAGCUCAAAAUCCCCGUUCUGCAAUUGUGGAACGUUAUUGGUCCCGUAUAUUCACGAUGUGAUACGUAUCAGUCAUCAUUUCAUAUUUUGCGUCUUCAUACUGUUUUAUUCAUGAAUUUUUGAAGAUAGUUCUGAGGCACGGCGGUCGACUGGUUAGCACGUCGGCCUCACAGUGCAGAGGUGUAGGGUUUAAUUCCUUCUUGUGUGGAGUUUGCACGUUCUCCCAAACUGACCCCUUAACAUCGGGCCACCAUUAACGUCGAAGUAGUAUCCUUGUUGUGGCAGAUGCUGCAUGGUAAACUAGCGAGCUAGCUGGAGACACGGUCCCUGAGUUUACUCCCGUGACAGGCGGCAGCAAACUAAUGACAUCGUGUAGAUCUACUUUCUUUUCUUCUUUGAUUGAAACAAAAAUAAUUCUCCCCCGCAAAUGCAACUUAUAUACUCUGCAAUGACAUUUUUUUUUCUUCUUCAUGAAGCACUUUUUGACUGGUGCGAUUUUUAUUCCCAGGCAAGUUAUCGUCCAAAAAAAUGCGGGAAUAAUUUUCUGACCAACUGAGUGAAAUUAGAUAAUUUCCUGCAGCGCAAUCGAUGAGCUCUCAUGGCACACCAAUGUGCCUAGGAGGGAAUCAUUGCAUUACAAAUGAUCAAUUUCUAUGUUAUAAAAUUAUAAACACUACAGUGUCUCAGACAUGGAGAUCCCGAUCACGCCCGCUGAAUUUUCACAACUCUUGUUUCAAUGCCAGCGUCAUACUGAGCGGAGAUUUCCCAGCGAACAGGUUGAGACCGAAUCAACAUGUUUGCUCCGUCCAACAUCAAAGAUGUUGAUCCCUGCCAGAGGCCUUGAACUACCACGCUUGAAAUCGUAUCCAAAUGCCGCAGACUCUCCGAAUGAAUCCUUCCUCUGUUGCAACCAGCACAACCCCACCGCUGCGAUAAUGGCCCCAUAGAGGUCUGCGGCUCUCGCCUUGCUCCAUCUGUCCGGAAUUUAGCAGCUGCUGCGACCGGACUGACAGACACGCAACUUCCAGACGGCCUCCUUCGGCUGAGGCUGCAGCACAGAUGAAGAGUUGUGUACCUCCCCUGGUUGUCCUGAAUGUUUGCGUUGGCACCUCGGCCCAGCAGAAAGACACACAGCUCCGCUUGACUCAUCUGCGCUGCCAGAAUGAGGGCGGUGGAUCCAUCCUGAACAGCGUGGGUGGGGGGCAAAAACAAAAAUGAACAUAUUACCGGAGCAUUAAUGCAACGAUUAUACCAACUCAUCAUUUUUGAACCUACCCCAUCCUGCACAUCAAGAUCGGCUUUGAAGUCCCACAGGAUCUCAGUGCAGGAUACGUAGCCACUGACCGCUGUAAACAAAACUGUCACAUCAACGUUCACAUGCCUUAUACUUUUCAAUGAAGUGGCAUUAUGAUCAAUUUCAUCCCCACCCGCCACAAUGUAAAGUACACCUGCAUAAAUUAUGGAGCAAAUACUCCCUAGAUUGACGGCAGUGUUACCCAAAUUUUAUUGAGCCCUGGACAUAUUUUUAAAUAUUUCAUUAGGAAAAUAUAGGCAGAUUUUGUAUAACUCCAAAGAUUAGGAAACAAAUGCUAUGCAUCCAGCUGUCAUGAUGGAGACAUGGAUUCAUUGAAGACCAUAUAGAGUACCGUAUUUUCCGCGCUAUAAGGCGCAACUAAAAGGAUUCAAUUUUCCCAAAAGGUGCGCCCUAUAAUCCGAUGUGCCUUAUAUUUGGUGUUACGGUCUCUUUAUAUUCCCCAUUGAGUUGUUUCCGUUAGUAUUCUGAUGCCAUCUCAUGUUGAUUAUUAGGAGGAACCAAUUGUAAUCUAAAAGGGUCCUGCCUGACACGAAUUGACGUGCAUUUGCCAACACAGACUCAAACAACAACAUUGUGAGCUUCGUGCAGCCAUUAUGAAACGAAGAUCACACCAAAGGCAUUGUUAACGAGUGACUAAACAAUGGAAGAAGGAGACAAGCAAGACUUCGAAGGAUUUUUAGCCCCUUGAGGAUGUGAGCCCAUGAGGUUUGAGCGCCUUUUUGUUGAAUCCAUUGUCUUCAUAUCUUUUGUCUUUCAUUUAUUGUUUUGUAAUGCCAUUUGUAUUUGUAUGUUUCAUGUCCGUGUUUGUGACCAGUUGUGUUACAGCUGCAGCGGUUGUGAAGGCUUUAUAUACUGGUAAAUAAAGCUGUAUUGUAUUGUAUUCCCUUCAGCGUAGCACCAUCUAGUGGAUGCAUUGCACAACCGCAGCCACGAUUGUAGCCUCUAUUCUAUGCACCUUAUAAUGCAGUGCACCCUCCCUAUGAAAACAGUUUUAAAGCAUGCCAUUCAUUGAAGGUGCGCCUUAUAAUACGGAGCGCCUUAUCAUGUAUAAAAUAUUGUCUGACUGAUUACAGUCACCAAAAUAUGCACUUGACUUUGGUCAAAGUGUGUAACGGUUCCUGUUACUGUACCCGCAUGAUGGAGGGGUGUCCUUCCAAUGGCAUCUGCGCAAUCCACUUCCAGUCUUUCCUGUUAUCAACAGGAUAGGACAAAACUUGUGACAUUUGAUGAUGCAGGGAACAUGUAUGUUGUCAACUUCAUUUACCUGCAAAAGUCUCUUUAAGCAUUCGGUCCGUCCGUUUUUGGCUGCGAGGUGAAGGGCGCCAAAGCCUAGCAAUUAAAAUCAGCAAACAACAUGUGAUAUGGUGGCCUUGAUGGAUAAUGUUUUGUUUUUUGGUCUGUGUUGUGCAAUACCACACCGGCACCAUCUGUGACAUUGAGGUCUGCUCCGUGAGCAAUGAUGACCUCCAGACAGUCGACAUGCCCACGAGAUACACAUUGAUGGAAGCUGCCGGAAAGACACGUGAGUUAUUUUCUUUAAGCACCGCACCAAGUUUGGAAGCAAAUCCGCGAUGGCCAAGUGGCUCAAAGACUACUUGAGUUUUGGCAGCAGGAAGGUACCCCCACAGCCUCCCACGCCAGACUACACAGAGAGCGAGAUCCUAAAAGCCUACCGCCUCCAGAGGGAACUGGACUUUGAAGAUCCAUACGAGGACUCCGAAAACCGUCCCAGGGCCGAAUCUGGGACUUCGGAGCCUGCCACUCCCGUGUACGGCUCGCCCAUGAAGUCCUCCAGCGCGGAUGUGAAAUCUCCUAAACACAGACUCAUCAAAGUGGACUCCCAGGACCUGGGCCGCACCAAGAUCUUGCUCAGUGCCAUCUCUUUAGACGACCAGCAAGAACCCGCAGUGCCAUCUGCUCCGUUGGCGGGGGACACGGACUAUUCGGACCCAUUUGAUGUUCGCUUGGACCAUCGGCCAGAACCGGAUGUCAGACCGGUUCCCUCAGAAAACAAUGGCUACAUGGAACCUUAUGAGGCCCAGCGAGUCAUAACAGAACUCCAGCGUGGCCCAGGAGGAGGACGGUCACGGGGCGGGCUGCAGCUGUAUGACACCCCGUAUGAAGACGGGCGAGGCCAACGUCCGGGCUUCAGCUUCGGAGAAGUUCAGGAGGAGGGCAAGGAGGGCAGCAGGCUGCCGCAAGAUGACGAGAGACCGGCCGACGAGUACGACCAACCUUGGGAAUGGAAGAAAGAUCACAUCUCCAAAGCUUUUGCAGAUAUGAAAGAGUUGUCAGAGCUGUCCUGGCCUGCCCCGGUGGGUCAGAGGGGGGAGGAGGAGCCCUCCGCUAAAGAGCAAGUGCAGUUCGACGGACCCGAAUGGGAUCGCUCGUCGUCGCCCACCGAGCGCUUACGUCCUCCAGGGCCCCGGUCCAGCCCGCUGCUGGGCGGGGGGGUAAAGUUUCGAAUGCCUCAGGAGGGCCUCACCAUGGUUGGGGAGAGGGUGGACCCCACACAGCCUCUGGAGAAGCAAGUGUGGUACCACGGUUCACUGGCUCGGUCCGAAGCGGAGUCGCUGCUCACCUUGAGUAAAGAGUGUAGCUACCUGGUGAGGAACAGCCAGACCAACAGAUGCGACUACUCUCUGUCUCUCAGGAGCUGCCAGGGUUUCAUGCACAUCAAGUUCACGCAGUGCAAAGACGGCAAGUACGUGCUGGGACACAACAGCCCGCCGUUCGACUCCAUCCCUGAAUUGGUGCACUUCUACACCACGCACAAGCUCCCCAUCCGUGGUGCCGAGCACCUGUCGCUGCUCUUUCCCGUGCUGGUGCAGACACUUUGACUGUGAAAAGUUUUUUUUUUGUUGAGAAACUUCAAACUCAUUCGUCCCGGUUAUUUUUGGACUGGACCUUUUCACCGUUGUACUACUUGUGCCAAGUGUCGCUAACAUCCAAGGGGAUUGAUUCGCAGAGAAGGCAAUAGCUGAACUCCGCUCCCUCCCUCUCUGUCUGACAUAUCUGUGCUGAACCAAGGUCGGCGGACUUCAGGAAAGCAGAAAUUCUCAUUUCUUUUUUUUUCCUUCUUGGCCACACAUCCGUCACACCUGAGGAAGUCAGUGGCACCUUGGGAAAAGUUGAGAGAUGCUGAGGUUCUGUUCGCACAGGAGAUUUUGCCAAAGGUGGAGAUUCAAUUACUGCUGUUCACCCCCCCCCCCCCACCCAAAAAAACAACUUCAGUAACACUGGUUCAAUAUUCCUCUUGUCAGGUUUUUCACAUUUCUACUAGGAUCAAUAAAUGGAACGAUGGAAGACGA